UGAGGCACCAAUGCAAGCUUCUCAGUGAUCGGCUUGGGGUAGCCUUGCCGGGCGCCUCGUCUCCACACUGCCCGGGAACCCUCUCACCUCGGGUGUCACACGCCCUUCCAGGCCUCACCUACCAUGUCUCCUACCAUACCUGUGCCUGUCUCUUCUUCGGAUGAAAGAUAUCACCCCAGCAUGUGCCUGCGGCCUCUUUCUUAGUCCAAGCCUGCCCUGGCCGCUCAAAGCAGGGCCAGACCACCUCGAUCUGCUGCGGCGACUCCCCGCAACGCAUGCAGAAUCACCCGCAUACAAGUCAAGUUACUCGCAUAUGUACCUUGGUCUCAGCCUUGCCUGUUCCAAACUUGCGUGCUUGAACCUUGCCAACCCCCAGGGCUUGCUUACACAUGGGGGUGCCCCCGUGAUAUACUCGAUCAGGGCUCCCUUUAAAGACCUCUGAGAUCCCCCCACACCCUGCCCACUUCUCUCCUCCUUCUCCUUCCACGUUACCCAAGUUCAACCUCAAGCGUUAGAAGUCUACAAGCGUAUC